GCGGCUGUUUAUUACACCGGCCGUGUUUCGGCGGCGCGGGGGCCGACCCGGGGGCAGGAAGUACCCCCGGCUCCUCCCUUUGCCCUCCCGCUCCCCUCCUCCUCCUCGCCCAUGUCCAUUCCAAGAUGGCCGGGAUCCCUUUGUAUUUUGUGGAUUUGCAGGAUGACUUAGAUGAUUUUGGGUUUGAAGAUUAUGGACCAGACUGCGAUAGCAUGAGGAUAACUGCUUUCUUGGAUAUUCCUGGACAGGAUAACUUGACUCCACUGGCUCGCCUUGAAAAAUAUGCCUUCAGUGAUAACAUAUUUAACAGGCAAAUUAUUGCUAGAGGUCUUUUGGAUGUCUUUCGAGAUUUCAGUAAUAAUGAAGAAGACUUCCUGACUGUGAUGGAAAUAGUUGUCAGGCUCUCUGAAGAUGCAGAGCCAACUGUACGUACAGAGCUGAUGGAACAAAUACCUCCUAUUGCCAUUUUUCUGCAAGAAAGUAGACCAAAAUUCCCAACAGCAUUUUUUGAAUACCUUAUGCCCAUAGUAGUGAGAUACCUCACAGAUGUUAAUAAUCAGGUUAGAAAGGCAGGUCAAGAAGCACUGCUUAUACUGCUAGAACAAGAUCUUGUUGCUCAGAGUGACAUUGAAAAUAAGGUGUGUCCAAUUCUGUUGGACCUCUCAGCUCCCGACAGUGAUGAUGAGUACAAGGUGGAAGCUGUGAAUAUAAUCUGUAAAAUGGCUUCUAUGUUGAGCAGAACAACAGUUGAGCACAUGCUGCUUCCUCGUUUCUGUGAACUGUGCAGUGAUGGGAAAUUGUUUCAAGUACGAAAGAUAUGUGCAGCUAAUUUUGGUGACAUUUGUAAUGCAGUUGGGCAAGAAGCCACAGAAAGACUGCUGAUUCCCAAGUUCUUUGAACUAUGUUCAGAUAAUGUUUGGGGAAUGAGAAAAGCUUGCGCUGAAUGCUUUAUGGCAGUGUCUUACACCACAUCCCCGGAAGUUCGCAGAAGCAAACUAUCGCCGCUGUUCAUCAGUCUUAUCAGUGACACUUGUAGAUGGGUUCGUCAGGCUGCUUUUCAGUCUCUUGGCCCAUUUAUUUCUACCUUCGCAAACCCUUCAAGUGCUGGUCUUUACAUUCGAGAAGAUGGGACACUGAGUAUCCGACCACCAAUGCAAGAUGUGAAUUCCAGUUCCUGUCAGCCAAGCAACAACAUAACUUUAAUGUCCUCUAGUACAAAUGCUGCGUUGCCCAGUUCAGAACAGCCAAGGGAAAUCAAACCAGAGUCAUCGACUGAGGAGGCUUCAGCUGAAGUUAAUGCAAAGCUCUCAGUUGAGAACCUAAAAGAUACACAGGAAGAAGGUUCAGAUCGUUGUACUAAUCCUGGAGAAGAUGUGUCUCGAUCGUCUCAGGGUGACAGAGUUGCUGCUGGUGUCGUAGAAGUCACUAAGGACAGCAGUUUUCCUGGAGUGAACUCAAGGCUACAGUCUGCUGAGGAUGUAUUUAAUACGUUUCUAUACUGGCGCCCUCCUCUGCCUGAUAUAAGUCACGAUCUGGAGUUGCUUCAGUUCAAGACUGAAAAGCACAAAGAUAGCUGUUCUGUGCCCUGUAAUAACUGUGUUGCUAGUAAUGAAAUAAAAAAAGUUCUAGAAAGCUUACAAGAGCACAUAGAUGAUCCAGAUGUUCAAGCUCAGGUCCAAGUAUUGUCCGCUGCUCUCAGAGCUGCUCAGUUUGAUUCUGUUGGUGACUAUGAGACCAAAAAAAUGGAAGAAAGCAGUGGCAAACUUCAGAACAAAACAGUUUCAGAUGAAACAGCUGUUUCAGAUGCUACCUGCAGCCAGGUGGUGGAGGAUACUUUGUCAUCCGCUGCUGGCCAGGAUAACAUCAGUGAUCAGGCUACCACAAGUAUCCCGAAAAGCACAGACUCGGAGGAGCAACACAGAGGAACCAAAGUGUUUUUAAAGAAAGAACAAGAAAACAAUUCACCAUUUGAAGAUGACAAGUCAAAAUUACAGGAUAUCAUACCUCAACCUUUAUUAGACCAGUACUUGUCAAUGACCGACCCAGCUAGAGCCCAGACUGUUGAUACUGAAAUAGCCAAACACUGUGCGUAUAGUCUUCCUGGGGUGGCCUUAACACUGGGCAGGCAGAACUGGCACUGCCUGAAAGAUACAUACGAGACGCUGGCCUCAGAUGUACAGUGGAAGGUACGUCGGACACUAGCUUUCUCCAUACAUGAACUAGCGGUUAUUUUGGGGGAUCAGCUAACAGCUGCUGAUCUGGUGCCAAUCUUCAAUGGAUUCUUGAAAGAUCUGGAUGAAGUGCGUAUUGGUGUCCUUAAACAUCUGUAUGACUUUCUGAAGUUACUUCAUGCAGACAAAAGGCGAGAGUAUCUUUACCAACUUCAAGAAUUUGUGGUGACUGAUAACAGCAGGAACUGGAGGUUUCGUUACGAGCUGGCGGAGCAGCUGAUCCUGAUACUGGAACUCUACAAUCCCAAUGAUGUCUAUGACUACUUAAGACAUAUUGCACUAACUCUCUGCUCCGAUAAAGUUUCAGAAGUUCGGUGGAUCUCCUUCAAACUGGUUGUAGCAAUACUACAGAAGUUCUACGCAAACAACGCAAAUGCACUGGGAUUAAAUUUCAUUAAUGAACUUGUUGUACGGUUUCGUCACUGCUCCAAGUGGGUUGGAAGACAAGCUUUUGCCUUCAUCUGUCAGGCUGUAGUAGAAGAAGAAUGCAUGCCUGUCGACCAGUUUGUUGAACACUUACUCCCCAGCCUUUUAAGUCUCGCUUCAGAUCCUGUGCCAAACGUCAGGGUUCUGCUCGCCAAGGCUCUGAGGCAGACGCUGCUGGAGAAAGCUUAUUUUAAAAGUGUUGGCAACCCUCAUCUAGAAGCAGCAGAAGAGACCAUUCUAGCCUUGCAGUCUGACAGAGAUCAAGAUGUGUCUUUCUUUGCCACCAUAAAACUGAAACAGGGUAACGUGGACAGUACUAGCAUUGAAAAACAAAGCUAAUGUCUCCUUCUGCAGUAAACACCAAACAUCAAAACGGUUAUUCACUUUGUUCGCCGUUAGUAUGAAUAACAUGGACAAAUAAUGCAGCUUUUGUUAUGUACUUGAGCUGGAAAGGGUAUAUUGAGAAAUGUCACUGUCUUCCUUUCAUGACCACAUUUCAUCUACAGCUGUGUGUUUAUCUGAGAUGUGUGAGUAAUUCUUUUUGGUUUUUUUCUUUGUGAGUGGUAACUGAUCUCACCUGCAGUUAAGUAUUAUAUGCAAAGUCCUGCAUCAUACUCAGUGUUCCAGUGUAACUGAAAUCCAUAUUUCAUUUUUUAACAACACAUUUCCUGUAAGAGAGCAGUCUGCUAUAAGCUUAAAAUGGUUUCUAAAUCUUAAAACCUGAUUAUAGCAAACUUACAUGAAGAUUUCUUUCCUCACUUUUGUUGUAGUUUUUGAGUUGUUUCAAGUAUUGCAUUUUAACAGAAAGGUGUGUAUAUAUGUGAAUAGUUUCAGAUUUUAACAAAAAAUUACAAACUUCUAUAUCAGUGGAAAAAAGCUCAAAAAUAAUUUCAUUUUAUAAAGUAGUUACUGGAAUUAAGGCAUGGUUAAUUUUUACUUAAUGUGAUAUUUUUCAAAGCACAGAGAGCUCAAGAUUCUUUGUAUAUGGUGACUUUUCUAUUGAUUUGUUAUUUCUGAGCUAUACGCUUACAGGUGUGCUAACAUGUCUGGUUUUGUUACUGCUGGCUCUUGUAGUGGUAGGUAGACUGUAAAUUUCCCAAACAGAAAAUUACUCAUUCUGCUCUAGCAAGAAUAACUUCAUUUAAGGAAUUCAGUUCCUGCAAUAUGUGCGGUAUCUGUAGAAGGGUAUUACAGAAUUUUCCAGACUUCAGUGUUUGUUUUACAUACACACGUUAUUUAAAAAACACCUUUUAGCUGGGUCCAAUCCCAAUGUUCAAAUCCCAAGCAGCCCCAACAACGCACCUCUAAGUUCUGAAAAACCCCAAGUAACAAAUGUUGAGGGGAAAGGCAGUGAUGCAGUUUGAUUUGUAACUUCCGUUGAUUGUAUCGUUUGUUUUGGGGCAAGCAACGAAUACAGGUUAUUGAGAUCCUUAAGCUUAAGUAGGACAUCAUCUAUGUAUUUAAACAGGUCUUUCAGAAGAAAGAAAGGAUAUACAGAUAGAACCAAGUUCUGUUAAAAAAAUGGGAUAUUUUCUGACCGGUUUAAAAAACUAAAUUGGAUCCCAUCUUCUGUUGUGUCCCAAAUCUGUAGAUAACGCGGGGCCUGGAAAAAAAAAGUCUGACUUUCUAAGAUUGUGGAUUGGGACUUUGUUCAGUUCAAUCGCUUGAAGAAAUGGUUUUAUGUAAUAACAGUUACUUUCUCUCUGUGAACAAAAUACUUCAUGAUAAAUAACCUGUGUAAAUACUGCCUCUUAUUUCACUGUUGUACUAGUAAGUAGUUCACAUUGGUGAAUGUUUUUUCAGACGUUACUUUUUCCUUUGUGUUUUAAAUCAGGCUUGGCUGCAAUACAGCAAGUAGGUUCCUCGGCUGGGUUCUGUAUUUUUGGAGGGCUCAGUUUUGUGUAAGUUUAACUACUCUUGUAAUAUAAUAUGUACAGUAUUUGUAACAGAUUGUUUUCUUGUGAGAUCACAAAAUGCUUUUUCAAAGUUGCAGGCAGAAAUAUACCCCUGCUAUUACAGCAAACAGUAUAAACUCUGUAAAUUCUGCAACAUUCUACAUUUAAUUUUUUACAGUUUUUUUAUAAUUUAAAACAAAUGCUUCUUCAGUACAGACUUUUUAUGAUUGCAAUUUCUUAACAAAAAGACCCCUCAAGUUACUUUUUUCUAGUUCUAAUAUCUUUUUCUAAUGCUGGCAUUAUACGUAUUUUCUAACAGUUCAAAUUUUCUAAGGCCUUUCUGACAAGGUUUUACUUCUGUUUUUUAUUAUUAGUUCUCAGCACUGAACAAAUUUUUCAAGUGUGUGUAUAUGUAAGUAUGUUUGAAACGUCCUGUAUAUAAAUUAAAUACUUCGAGUGUUAACCCAACCCAGGUUUCUGUUUGUCAGAUAAUCUUAGUUACCUUUACUUGCAAUAAUCCACUGGAAAACACAAGCUUCCAUAUGUUUUAGCAUGUUUGGUUAGUGUUCACUAAGAGGUUUUAAUUAGUAUGUGUGAAACAGUAAGCCACCAGCUAUAAAAGUUCAUUAAAAGGCUAAACAAAGUUCUUUGGUAACAACAUUUUGGUACCUCUCUGGCUCCAGAAGUCAUGUCUGUUUUAAAUGAUAUGAUUUCAGUAGAGUGUUUGAAAACUGUUGUUAAAACUCUGCAGUUGCAUGCACUAAUGAGGGUCAUCACAGUUUUGGGGUGGGUUGUUUUUUUUUGUAGACAAUGUGCAGGUCUAGGAAACAGAUUUACCCUCUACAAGGUUGUCUUUUUGCUUUAGUUUUAAACUAGAAAUUAUUUCAGCAUGACUUAAGACCACACUACGUCUUGUACUAGACAAACGUAUGCAAUGAGUAAAGCGGUGUGUUCACGUACAAUUCUCUGCGUUGUUUAAAUUAUGCAAAAAUUUGUAUUUUAAAGUCCAGAUGGAGCAAAGUUAGGUAGUUGAUCCACUUUCACAGCAGCAGUAAGAAUAUCACUUGUAAACAUGUCUAGCUAAGGAACAUGAAGGUAACGUUAGUGCGUGCAAUAUUGCUUGGAUGCUAUAGCAAAUAAUCGAGCACUUGUAAUCCAAAGCAUGUUAGUCAUGUUGCUUAGAGCUGAGACUCCCUGGUGUCUCCUGCGUGAUGCACACGUGGCAUCGGCCAGGCUGCUGCCCUAGAGGCAGCGGUGUCUGUACACGGUGGUGGUUAGAACCCAGUUCAGUGGGGACACUCUGGAAGUGUCAUUCCUUUGUCAGAACAGAGAAUCUAUGUAACUUUGUAUUUAUCUCAAUAAAUCCUGUGACUGUUUUAUAAACCAA